AUGUAUGUGAAAAUUGAAUCAGCAAGGUUGGAUUUCUAUAGACAGAAUGAGAAUCAAACGCGGCUUCGAACAGAAUUAUAUCAAGGCCUUAUUGAUAGUCUCUCACAAGGAGAAUCUUCAUCUUCCAAUGUUGGAAAACGAAUAGUCCUUCCAGGAUCAUUCAUUGGAGGACCUCGUGAUAUGAGGCAUCGCUACAUGGAUGCAAUGUCAUUGGUCAAACGAUAUGGAAAAUCGGACAUCCUCUUAACAAUGACGUGGAGUAAGAUGUAUUCUCCUGAAGCUUAUGACCGAAUUGUUGGUGCCGAGUUGCCCGAUAUCAUUGAGCACGAAUAUUUACAUGGUCUUGUUGUUAAGCACACGAUGCAUGGUCCUUGUGGUACUAUGAAUCCCACAUGUGCAUGUAUGCGCAAGCAUAUUGGUUGCAAAGAUAACUAUCCCAAGCAAUUCUAUUUGAGAACUGUACAUGGACAUGUUUGUGCUUCAUUCCGUGAAGCUGCGGAUAUGAUGGGACUAUUACAAACAGAUAAUGCAGCUGAGCUAUGUCUAUUGGAAGCAGUUGCGUAUCCAAUGCCGAAUUCGUUGCUUGAACACACCACUGAUCCAAAGUCCCAACAAGAAGUAGUAGCAAAAGAUAUAGAAUCUGAGAGGAAUAUAACUGUAAAUGAGAAUGACCUUCGAGCAAUUGAUCAACUAAACAAGGAUCAGAGGAAUGCCUAUGAACAGAUCUUAAAUGCUAUUAUGAGUGGUAUAGCACUUGCAACUGUAACUUCAGGCAUUGCAGCUUCAAUUUUACCUGGAGGCUGUACUGCACACUCACGAUUUAAGAUACCUCUACAUGAUGACGAUUCCAAAAGUUGUCAUGUUAGAAAGCAAACUGUGAUUGCACAGUUGAUUAGAGAUGCACAGCUUAUUAUCUGGGAUGGACCAAGUAUGGUGAAAUGA